AUGUUGUUCUCGCUCAAGACGGCCCUCGCGGCCUUGCUCAUCGCAUCGCCAUUGACCGAGGCAGCGCACUCGCGCUAUCCCACUCGGGAUGAGAAGGAAUGGGUGACUGUCUGGGGCACUAUGCCUCAGCUCGUCGAGCCGGCCAACCUGCCUCCGGCGCCGUUUAACGAAACAGGCCGCGUUUUCAACGACGCAACCCUCCGCCAAACAGUCAAGCUCUCCCUGCCCUCGUCCACCCUGCGCCUCCAGAUAAGCAACGUCUUCGGGGGCUCCGACCUACCCAUCACGGCCGUCACAAUCGCCCGCACCGCGAACAACACGGCCGGCACGAGCGCCAUCGACGCCGCCUCGCUCCAGAUCGUCACCUUCUCCGGCAGCGGCACCUUCGCCGUCCCCAACGGCGCCGUCGUCUUCUCGGACCCCAUUGACCUCCCCGUCGACGCCAACGCCGUCGUCUCCGUCACAAUCUACCUCGCCGACGGCCAGUCCACCAACAGCAUCACCGGCCACCCCGGCUCCCGCACCACCUCCUUCCUCGCCGCCGGCAACCGCGUCGCCGACCAGGACCUCGGCGGCAACGCCACCGCGACGGACCACUGGUACCUCAUCAGCGCCAUCGAGGCCCAGGUCCCCAAGGGCUCCUCCGCGGCGGUCGCCAUCGUCGGCGACUCCAUCAGCGACGGCCGCGGCUCGACCACCAACGCCAACAACCGCUGGCCGGACCGCCUCCUCGCGCGCCUGCAAUCCUCCAACUCCUCCUCCGCCACCACGCGCAACAUCGCCGUCGUCAACCAGGCCGCAGGCGGCAACCGCGUCCUCGCCGACGGCCUCGGCCCCAACGCCCUGGGCCGCCUCGACCGCGACGUCGUCGCCCACACUGGCGUGCGCUACGCCGUGAUCUUCGAGGGCGUCAACGACAUCGGCGUCGCGGCCAACGACACCGCCUCGCAGACCGCCACCGGCGACCGCCUCCUCCUCGCCUUCGACCAGAUCGCCACGCGCCUGCACCGCUUCGGCAUCCCCGUCUUUGGCGCGACCAUUACGCCCUUCACCGGCGCCGACCAGCCGUACUCGGACCCCGAGCGGGAGAAGACGCGGCAGCGCGUGAACGAGUGGAUCCGCACCUCGGGGCGGUACGAUGCCGUGAUCGACUUUGACGCGGCGGUGAGGGAUCCCGCGGCGCCGGAGAGGUUGAGGGCGGAGUUUGAUACGGGGGAUCACUUGCAUUUGAACCCGGCUGGGUAUGAGGCCAUGGCUGCGGCGGUUGAUUUGAGCAUUUUUGAGAAGUUUAAGGAUGGGGUGUCGAGGUUGACGUGA